CGAAACGUAAAGCCAUUGGUUACCGUGUUCAAAGAGAGCCCACAAACCCAAAAACCGGAGAGAAAAAGCGAAAGAAACAAAGGAAAUACUCCAAACAAAUUCCCCCUCAGCUCAAAGAACAAGCUCACAUGGAGAUCUGUUCUUUGUAUAGAAUGUUGCCCACUUCAACAUUUCGUUAGUUCCUAAGAGCCUAUUUAAUUAUUAUACAUGCAUGCAUAUUUGCAUCUCUGUUCCUGAUUUCUGUAUCUAUAUAUGUGAGUAUACUUCUUGAACUGUUGCUCGAAAAUGGUCGGGAGCAAAUGGAUGAAAGUGAAGAUCGCUCUCGGGUUGAAGCUCAAUUCCUGUCUCUACGUGCCAAGCACAGUUGAGGAUUCUCCGGCAGUGGCGGUACCGCCGAUGGCCGCGAGGUUUUCUGACGCCGUCUUGUUGUCCCCGACGCCGCCUCAGGAUUCGGAUCAUCGGGUGCAAAUGCCCACCACGCCCACGCCGUCUUCCUCCGGCCUCCUUUUGCCUAGACACUCCUCCAAAUCUAGCAAGAAGAUUUGUGCAAUAUGCUUGACAACAAUGAAGCCUGGCCAUGGCCAUGCCAUUUUCACUGCAGAAUGCUCGCACUCAUUUCAUUUCCAUUGCAUUGCAUCUAAUGUGAAGCAUGGAAAACAAACUUGUCCUGUCUGCAGGGCAAAAUGGAAAGAGAUCCCCUUCCAGAGUCCCACCACUGAUAACUCUCAUGAACGAGCAAGGCUAAACAAUGUCUCCUGGGCACAAGACAAUACCUGGACACCGGGUAUAAGAGGAAACCCUUCUCCAAGGGUCGACGUAAGUCGGCAAGUCGCUACCCUUUUUCAGGCUGCAGAACCUGACAUCUUUGAUGAUGAUGAAGAAGUUGACAGUACCCAACCAGAUGUCGCACAGAGUAGCUCGUCCAGCAACAACAGUCACGAGGACCAUUUUACUGGUCUAGUCAAAGUUAAAACAUAUCCAGAAGUUUCUGCUGUUCCAAAAUCAAAUUCCCAUGAUAACUUUUCAAUUCUUAUUCAUCUGCAAGCUCCAAUUACCACAGCACGACAACAUUCUGAUGGAGCAGGUUUGCCCUUGAUAUCUCAAACUUCUCGUGCUCCAAUUGAUCUUGUCACGGUGCUUGAUGUCAGUGGCAGUAUGGCUGGUACCAAGCUUGCUCUGCUUAAACGGGCAAUGGGGUUUGUAAUCCAGAGCUUGGGCCCAUCAGACCGGCUCUCAGUGAUUGCCUUCUCCUCCACAGCACGCCGGGUCUUUCCUCUUCGCAAAAUGACGGAAAAUGGAAGGCAUGAAGCAUUACAAGCUGUGAAUUCUCUAAGCUCAAAUGGUGGGACAAACAUUUCUGAGGCCCUCAGGAAGGGUGCCAAAGUGAUGACGGACCGUAAGCAGAAAAAUCCAGUUAGCAGUAUUAUACUGUUAUCUGAUGGACAAGACACAUACACCAUUAGCAAUCCUAAUGGCAGCAACACCAGGUCUGACUAUCGGUCAUUACUCCCAGCUUCCAUGCAUCUCAAUAGUGCUUCUGCUCUCCAUAUUCCUGUACACGCAUUUGGAUUUGGUGCAGAUCAUGAUGCAGCGUCAAUGCAUUUAAUUUCUGAAACUUCCGGCGGAACAUUUUCUUUCAUAGAGACAGAGGGCGUGAUUCAAGAUGCUUUUGCACAAUGCAUUGGUGGCCUUUUAAGUGUUGUUGUACAGGAAUUACUAAUCGAAGUCGAGUGCGUCGAUCCUGUGCUGCAACUCAUUUCUAUAAAAUCUGGAAGCUACAAAACCACUUUGGCGUCUGAUAAAAGAAAAGGCACUAUCGAAGUCGGAGACUUGUAUGCUGAAGAAGAAAGAGAUUUUCUGGUCACAAUUAAUAUUCCAAUUUAUGAAUCCAGCGAUGAGAUGUCACUGCUAAAGGUGAGAUGUCUUUACAAGCAUCCCAUUUCUAAGAAUUUAGUAACUCUGGAUUCUGCAAGUGAUGUCAGAAUCCGAAGGCCAGUAGUAACUGGACCUCUGGUUGUCUCAAUGGAAGUGGACAAGCAGCGGAACCGGCUCCGAUCCGCAGAGGCAAUGGCGGAAGCUAGGGCUGCUGCAGAACGGGGUGAUUUAACUCAUGCUGCAUCCGUCCUGGAGAACUGUCGUAAACAAUUAUCGGAAACCGUGUCAGCAAGAGAAGGAGACAGAUUGUGCAUUGCUUUGGAAGCUGAAUUACGGGAAAUGCAAGAGAGAAUGGCCAACCGACAUGUAUAUGAAACUUCGGGUAGGGCUUAUGUGUUGUCUGGACUGAGCUCACAUUCUUGGCAGAGAGCAACCGCAAGAGGGGACUCAACUGAUAGUUCAAGCCUCGUCCAGUCUUACCAGACACCAUCCAUGGUCGACAUGGUAAAUCUGUCACAGACUAUGGUUUUGGGUCGUCCAUCGCCUAGGCCCAGAAUUAGGCCAACACGGUCGUUCCCCGCAAGAGCACAGCCAAGGUGAUCUACAUCUGCCAGAUCGACCCCCCAGACUCUUAUCUCAAUACCUCAUUAUUUUUCUUUGUUAUUCAUUGUUACUUUUUCUUAGUUUGAACAAUUUUGGGGUGGGGUUGCAAUAAAAAUACGGACAAGAAAAAGAAAAAAGAGAUCCGCCGAGUGCGUGGCAUACUCACUUCAAAUGUACAUGAAUGUUGAGAAAGAUGAAGAUGGGAGUUAGGAUUUGGAUUGUCAAUAUUUUGGUUUGUACAUAAACUCAAGAGAAGAUGUUUUGUUCUCUUUGAGAGGAGAAUGGAGAUGGGGUAUAGCCUUUUGCAACUCUAGUUUUUUAAUUUGUCAAUGAACUCAUUUGCUGGAGUAAUUUGUCAUUUCCAUGGA